AUGGCGACAUGUUCAGACAAAGACCACAGUGAUGUAAGUGAUAAACGCUUGUGUUCUAUUUGUUCUGGUCGCCUUGUAUCACCAAGAUAUUUGCAUUGUUAUCAUUCGUUUUGUCAUGGAUGUUUGGUUUCCCAUAUCGUUGCUUCGUGCGAAUCAACAGAUGAUCCGGUGGGCUUUUCCUGUCCGUUAUGUAGAAAAUUUAUAUCCGCGCCAGAUUUAACGAAGGAUCCAGCGGAAUGGGCUGACGAUUUACCUUUGAAUCGUGCCCUAUUGGUACUGCUCGAUGAAGAAACAUCCUCCUAUGAUUCAAAAUAUUGUCAAGCCUGUCAACGAGAUAACCAAGAAGAAAGAGGAAGUGACUGGUGCAAUUCUUGCUUGGAAUAUUUAUGUAAAUCUUGCGCAAUUGCUCAUAGGAAAAACAAAGCAUCAGUCGAUCACACCGUUAUACCUCUAGGUGAAUUAUUAGUGGACAGUCCACUCAUUGACGAAAGCAAUUUAUGCGAAAUGCACGAACAGCAAAAAAUUGAGUACUACUGUUACGAUCAUAGCAAACCGUGCUGCCGCACGUGUGUAUGCAGGAACCACAGGAUAUGUGUUGAUGUCAAGUCUGUUGAAAGUGUUGCCGAGCUUCUGCAAGACAAUAAAGAUAUUGACCAACUACUGAGGGACAUUGAUAGCUAUAAAAAUACACUGCAAAUCAUUUCAACUGAGGAAGAGAACAAUAUUGUGAAAGUAGAUAAUAAUGUCGACGAAAUUACUGAGAAGCUAACACAGUUAAAAGCGAAUCUAACUUCUCAUUUUGAUAAGCUGGAAAAUGAGGCAUUGACCAAGCUAUCAAAGAUGUCCAAAGAAUGUAAAUCACGUAUAAAUACUGUUCUUGAUGAAAUAUCGAAAAGAAAACAAUUUUUGGAAUACUGUCAUGGCAAUUUGCAAACACUGAAAGAAAACAACUCAAGCGUCGUAAGAGUGGUCAAGUACAAUAAUAUUAAGAGAAAUUUUGAAGAAAUGAAACACUCUCAGGUUUUACAAACGAAUAUAGAUUUUAGGGCGCCAGUGAAGAGUGACAUUGAGGAGAUUCUUAAUAAAUCCAACUUGUUGGACCUUUCUGUUUCUUGUCACAAAUACUGUUCCAGAUUUACAUUUGACGUGACAACUGCAACGAUGAAAAUAUUUACUGAAUUUAAAGAUAGGAAUACUCAUGAUGUUGCUGCUGCAAUAUUAACUUCGGAUAAUGAAAUUAUCUUGGUUGAAUAUCAAGGAAAGGCAUGUAAGUUGUUUAAUCCCGAAGGGUCACUUCUAAAAACAUUAUCAGAAUUUAAUGAGUAUCCUCGAGAUAUAUCAUAUGGACGUGACGAAAUCUUGGUAUCGAUUCCUGGCGAGAAAAAAGUUAAAAGAUUGUCAAUAGAUGAUUUUGAACAUUCGGAAACAAUUUUGAUGGAAGAAAAUUGUUUUGGGAUUGCAUCGUUUGAUGGACAUAUAUAUGCGUCAACAAAUGAGGGCAUCAUUAAGCUUGACGAAAAAGGCAAAAGGUUAGGAAUAUAUCCUACAACAGGGUGUUCCUUUAAUAUCGCAGUAGAUUUCAGAGGAAAUGUAAUUUAUUCUGAGAGUAACAGCCAUAUUGUGAAAUGUAUCAACCAGGAAAAGGAAUUACUUUGGUCUUAUAAACACCAGAAACUAUCAAAACCAUAUGGUCUGAGCACAGAUUGCGUCAGAAACAUAUAUGUAACUGGAAGAGACAGUAGUAACAUUCAUGUUUUAUCAGAAGGAGGAGAACUUCUUCGAAUAUUUGAAAAUAUACCACGACCAUGGGCUAUAAAAUUCCUAGAAAAUACAUUAAAAUUUGUUAUUAUCACUGAAAACAAUCAUGUUCAAGUGUAUGAGCUUGAAAAUGAAAGAAGGAAGCAGCUUACUCGCAAGACUUACAAAGAUGAGAAAUGCUCCAUGAAACAGGAAGAAAACGAAUGUGAAUAG